GUGCCCCUGCCGGCAACUUCUUAGUUGUGCUCAUGGCGUGGAGCGGUCGCCUUGGAGACGCGUGGUCUGAGCCAGCAGCGAGCGCCUGGAGCCCGCCCGGCGCGGGUCCUCUGCUGUGUUCCGGGCACGCAGGUCGCGGUCCCGCGGGCGGAUGGCCGGCCGUGGUGGGACCGGGGCGGCGGAGUAUGGCGAGGAGGGUGAGGACGAGGAGGAGGAGGAGGCUCGGGAAGGCGGCGCUGAGGGCUCCCCGGGGUCCAAGCUGCCCCCCAUCGUGGGCACCUCCUCCGAGCUGGCCAAACGGAAGGUGAAGAAGAAAAAGAAGAAGAAAAAGACUAAAGGAUCGGGCAAGGGCGACGCAGAUAAACAUCACAGCCGAGGUCGGAAGAAUCAGCCGCUUUCUUCAUCUUUCCAUGACAUCUUAAAUCCCCACAAAGACCAUGGCUCGAGAGCAGAGCCCAGGGACAAAGAGGAAAAUAGGCAAACCCUUCCCUAUUCGUACAGCAUUAAUCACUCCUGCUUUUCUGAAAUAGAAGAUAGCCUUUCCAGCCAGAUCAACGAGAGUCUGCGUUGGGAUGGGAUUCUCACCGACCCUGAGGCAGAGAAGGAAAGGAUCCGCGUCUACAAGCUGAACCGAAGGAAGCGGUACCGCCUCGUGGCCCUCAAGGGCUUCCAUUCGGAUCCCUGCGUCGAGGAGAGCGUGGAGAACCUGCCCUACCUCUCAGACAAAGAUUGCAGCCCCAGCAGCAAGCAGCCCAGCUCUAAGGGCGACCAUGCGCAUAGCUACUUUGAAGCCUCGAAGCUCCUGCACCCAGAAUUAGCCACCACUGUGGCAGAGUGACAACUGUCCUUCCUGCUGCCAAGCUCCUCCUUGCCACACGUUUAUAUGUUUAAAAAGAAUCAUAAUAAAAAGAAAUCAGACCUGAA